GUUUGGUCAAUAUUGUCUUAACAUGCUUCAGAUAAAUCAGCUUUUCUCCAAGAUAAAAUGGCAACCCCCAAAGAGAAAACUCCAGUGUGUCUGGUAAAUGAGUUAGCCCGUUUCAAUAGAGUCCAACCUCAGUAUAAACUUCUGAAUGAAAGAGGGCCUGCCCAUUCAAAGAUGUUCUCAGUGCAGCUGAGUCUUGGUGAACAGACAUGGGAAUCCGAAGGGAGCAGUAUAAAGAAAGCCCAACAAGCAGUUGCUAAUAAAGCUUUGACAGAAUCUCCACUUCCCAAACCAGUUCAGAAACCACCCAAAAGCAAUGUUAAUAACAAUCCAGGCAGUAUAACGCCAACUGUGGAACUGAAUGGCCUUGCUAUGAAAAGGGGAGAGCCUGCCAUCUACAGGCCAUUAGAUCCAAAGCCAUUCCCAAAUUAUAGAGCGAAUUACAACUUUCGGGGCAUGUACAAUCAGAGGUAUCAUUGCCCCAUGCCUAAGAUCUUUUAUGUUCAGCUGACUGUCGGAAAUAAUGAGUUUUUUGGGGAAGGAAAGACUCGGCAGGCAGCUCGACACAAUGCUGCGAUGAAGGCGCUGCAAGCCCUGCAGAAUGAGCCCAUCCCGGAAAAGUCCGCUCAGAAUGGAGAAUCAGGAAAGGAAAUGGAUGACGACAAAGAUGCAAAUAAAUCUGAGAUCAGCUUAGUGUUUGAAAUUGCUCUGAAGCGAAAUAUGCCUGUCAGUUUUGAGGUUAUUAAAGAAAGUGGACCACCUCACAUGAAAAGCUUUGUCACUCGGGUGUCAGUUGGCGAAUUCUCUGCAGAAGGAGAAGGAAAUAGCAAAAAACUCUCUAAGAAACGUGCUGCGACCACUGUUUUGCAGGAGCUUAAAAAACUUCCACCUCUUCCUGUGGUUGAGAAGCCAAAGUUAUUUUUUAAAAAACGCCCUAAAACCAUAGUAAAGGCUGGACCAGAAUAUGGUCAAGGAAUGAACCCCAUUAGCCGACUGGCUCAAAUUCAGCAGGCCAAAAAGGAAAAGGAACCAGAUUAUGUUUUGCUUUCAGAAAGAGGAAUGGCCCGGCGUCGAGAAUUUGUGAUGCAGGUCAAAGUAGGCAAUGAAGUUGCUACUGGAACAGGACCUAAUAAAAAGAUAGCCAAAAAAAAUGCAGCAGAAGCAAUGCUAUUACAGCUUGGUUAUAAAGCAUCCACGAGUCUUCAGGACCAACUUGACAAGACGGGGGAGAACAAAGGAUGGAAUAGUCCAAAGGCUGGCUUUCCUGAACCAACAAAUAACACUCCAAAAGGAAUUCUUCAUUUGUCUCCUGAUGUUUAUCAAGAGAUGGAAGCCAGCCGCCACAAAGUAAUCUCUGGCUCUAGUCUAGGUUAUUUGUCACCCAAAGAUAUGAACCAACCUUCAAGCUCUUUCUUCAGUAUAUCUCCUACAUCAAAUAGUUCUGCCACAAUUGCAAGGGAACUCCUUAUGAACGGAACAUCUCCAACAGCUGAAGCCAUAGGUUUAAAAGGAAGUUCUCCUACCCCCCCUUGUUCUCCAGUACAACCUUCAAAACAACUGGAAUAUUUAGCAAGGAUUCAAGGCUUUCAGGCAGCUUUAAGUGCCUUGAAACAAUUUUCUGAACAAGGAUUGGAUCCAGUGGAAGGGGCAAUGAACAUUGAAAAAGGUUCUCUUGAAAAACAAGCCAAGCCUCUGGGAGAGAAAGCCGACAAUAACCAGGCCCGCCUGGGCUCCAUCGCUCAGGACUGCAAGAAAUCAAAGUCGGGCAUCUAGCAGCUCUCAGCUCCCAGCACCCACGGCUGCCACCGCGUCCUUAUAAACCUGUCAGCACGCAUGCGGGUGUCUGUGCUCAAGGAAAUGAAUGACUAAUACCAUUAUGUGAGUCUUAUGUGAAGACAACACUAUUCUAACUCAAGAGAUAAUAGACCUGGUACUGUUUAUUCAACUUGGGGGGAGUGGGGGGAAUAAAACUUUGAGCGUUUCCCUUGGAACUUGAUAUCAGAUCAUAACUCAUUUGCCCAGAGGCAGCAGAAAUCUGAUCCUGCUACUGGAGCUUAAAACAACAAUUAAUGUGAAGCACUAGAAACCGAAGUAAAAUUUUAAAAGGAUUCAUAGGGAAGGUGGAUUUGGGUCUGUUGUUAUGACCGCUUUUGUUGUGGCUCUUGUACUCACGUUCGCCUGCUCUGUCUUUUCAAUAAUGCUUGACACUUUGGGACAUUAACCGAUGAUGUGCAGUGGAAUGUGAUGGUUGUUGUCUUCAUGUAGACCCAUCCAGUCAGUCUCUCUUUUUAUGCAGAUAUUUGUAAUCUUCAUCCUAUAUCAAUACAAAUAAUGGCUCGAAGACGUGUGCCAACCGCCAUGCUUUAAAUCGGGUCAGUGGACAGACCAUACAAAAUGUGUUAAGAACAAGUAAUUCUUUCUUCAUAACACAAUCCAUUAUGCUCCUGGAAUUUUAAAAAUACACACAGUUGUGGGUUUUGCGCUUCAUGAUAAUACUAUUUGCAACUAAAGAGGCGACUUGCCUCUGCCAGCCAUUUGCCUGGAUCCUGUGCUCUGUCGUGUAAUUUGCACCCACUCCCAUUCGUGUUGUAGCCGCUCACUGUUUGCAUCCAGAGUGUUCUUCAAAACUGCCUUUGGACUUGGGAUGGUGAGUAGGAUCAAAACAAAUCAAUGUACAUGGCGAUGAAGAAAAAGCCUGGAGACGUUUUGCCAGCGUAUAGCCAGCCACACUGGGUUUCAGCAUGUUGGAAUCCAGCGUGUAAUGAAUACAGUAAAAAUUUGGUUGGUUGAUGUGUGAAA